UUCAUCAAACCAGGGGACAUUUCUCCAAAAAGUACGAUCUUUGUCCCCAUGAGCAGUUGCAAACCGUAGUCAGGCUUUUUUAUGGCGGUUUUGGAGCAGUUGCAUCUUCCUUGCUAAGUGGGCUUUCAGGUCAUGUUGAUAUAGGACUCAUUUUACUGUGGUUAUAGAUAUUUUGUACCUUUUUCUUCCAGCAUCUUCACAAGGUCCUUUGCUGUUGUUCUGGGAUUGAUUUGCACUUUUUGCACCAAAGUACGUUCAUCUCCAGGAGACAGAACGCGUCUCCUUCCAAAGCGGAGAAAAUGGAUGGUACAAAUUAUAGUGAGUCAACAAAUGGCAUUACAGAGGACUAUGGUGAGAUGGAAUAUGUGGAGCCAUGUCAAAUGACAAAAAACAACCGUGUGCAGAGAGUGGUGCGACUCUACAUCCACUCUGUCAUCUGCAUCCUGGGUUUACUGGGCAACAUCCUGGUGAUCGUCACCUACGCCUUCUACAAGAAGGCCAAGUCCAUGACGGACGUCUACCUUCUGAACGUGGCCAUAGCCGACAUGCUGUUUGUGGCGGCUCUGCCCCUGAUCAUCUACAAUGAGCAGAGUGACUGGGCCAUGGGGAUGGUGGCCUGUAAGAUUCUCAGAGGGGCCUACAGCGUCAACCUGUACAGUGGUAUGCUGCUUUUAGCCUGUAUUAGCACCGACCGGUACAUCGCUAUUGUCCAGGCCCGCCGCUCCUUCAGGCUCCGCUCCUUCACUCUCCUCUACAGCCGCAUCAUCUGUGCAACAGUCUGGAGCCUGGCCCUGCUCCUCUCUGUCCCCACCUUUGUCUACUACGAGCGUUAUGUGCCUGCACACAGCUUCUACAAUGUAAGUGAGAAUGGAUUUUCUGAUUACAGCAAUGCUAUGACACCCGUUGGUCUGAAGAACCCUAUAUCCCCAGAGUCAGUGGAGGACUCUGUGGUUUGCAACUUCAGGUUCCCGGACAACGCCACGGCCCGCCAGAUGAAGGUCCUGGUCCCCAGCACCCAGAUGGCGGUGGGCUUCUUUUUGCCUCUGUUGGUCAUGGGCUUCUGCUACGCCAGCGUCAUCUUCACCUUGCUGCGCGUCAAGAACUUCCAGAGACAUAAGGCGGUGCGCGUGGUGCUGGCUGUUGUGGGGGUGUUCAUUGCCUGUCACCUACCCUAUAACGCCGCCCUGCUCUACGACACGGUCCGUAUGUUCAAGCCCCAGUGGUGCGGGGUGAUAGACAACACCCAAGUGGCCAAGACGGUGACGGAGACAGUGGCCUACCUGCACUGCUGCCUUAACCCAGUGCUGUAUGCCUUCAUCGGGGUGAGGUUCAGGAACCACUUCAAGAAGAUUGUGGAGGAUGUGUGGCGCGUGGGGAAGAGGGUCAUGAACGUCCGACGCUUCUCCAGGGUCAUGUCCGAGAUCUACGUCUCCACCGCCCGCAGGACUGUGGACGGGUCCUCUACCGACAACGCAUCCUCUUGCACCAUGUGAGGACGAGAUCCUGUGUUGGAGACUGCUGUUACUUAGAACCCUAGCGAAGUCUGUGUUUCAUUUACCCAUGUCUAGUGAAAGUCUACACAUUCCUUGCACAAUCUUCACAAUUUUCUGCCUUCAAAUUAAAUCUGGGAAAGGGAUUAGAUAAGCUUUUUUUCCUACUUAUCUACACAACCCAUUCCACAAUUUCAAAGAAAUUUUAGAACAUAAUUUUUUUUUUUAAGACCCCAGAGGUAAUACUUGGUGAAAUCACAUUUGGCAGCCAUUACAGCUGUGAAUCAUUUUGAAUAAGAUUCUACCAACUUUGCACAACUCUAAGUGGAAAACUCCGAAGUGGGCAAGCGGAGCAAGCAGAGUGAGGUGGGUGGAAAGGACGGGACAGGCAGAGCACGGCCUAUAUGCCAGCAGGAUAGCACAUAUCUCCAAUCAUCUUUGCUGAUAGCAAUUUUGUGUUUCCAUAAAUGGAUAAAUUGGUAUAAUUUAGCAUUUAGAGCAUUUAAAGCUUCAACCCUUAGUUACCUCUUCCAAUUUCAAAUGAGCUUGAAAUCGGUGAAUAAUAAUAUUUGUUAUUGUUUUGUGUGACUACAGCUCCAGCGAUAAAAUACAAAAAUAUAGACACGUUAUAUUUGAAUAAGUUGUCAAAGCGGUCAAUCCGUCUGCCUGGCUUCAGUUGGGUCAUUAUAAUUCAAAACAUUCUAAAAUCACACGCACGCCUCGCACGCUCGCCUUUAGUGAGUUUAGGCCAUUAUGUCAAAAUUGCUCAAGCUCAUUACAUUUGGUUGGGAUUCAUUGAUGGACUGCAAUAUUCAAACCUUGUCUCUGAUUUUCAAGCAGAUUUCAGUCAAGACUGAGACUGGACCAUUCAUGAACACGUAACACCUCUUUGAAUGCCAUUCUGGUGUCUUUCGUAUUAUAAAACUUGUGUAAUUGUCCCACUGGAAAAUAAAAACUCUAUCCUAGGGUUAGGUUUUCAGAAGACUGAGGCUUGGCUUUGGUCCUUUCAAUUUCUUUUGAUCCUGAAAAACUCCCCAGUUCCUGGCGGUGAUAAGCAUACUCAUAACAUGAUGCUGCCACCACAAUACUUGAAAAUCAAGACAUUGCAUUCACUUCACAUAACUGGCCUGUAUGACAAAGUGAAAAGAAAGAAGCCUGUGUAAAAAAAAUAUAUAAAUGAUGUUUUCAACAAAGCCAUUAAGUAAUACUGCAAGACAACACGGUGGUCCUUCUGUAGCUCAGUUGGUAGAGCAUGGCGCUUGUAACGCCAGGGUAGUGGGUUCGAUCCCCGGGACCACCCAUACGUAGAAUGUAUGCACACAUGACUGUAAGUCGCUUUGGAUAAAAGCGUCUGCUAAAUGGCAUAUAUUAUUAUUAUUAUUACAACACAGCAAAUAAAUAAUGGCCUAAAUUAAAAACUACAGGCUUGGUUCAAAUCCAAUACAACAAAACACAGAGUAAAACACUCUGUAUUUUUAAGUAUUGUGGUGGCAGCAUCAUGUUACAGGGACUGCAGAGUUUGUCAGGAUCAAAGGAAAUAUGAAAAGAACAAAGUCCAGGUAAGAAGUAAGAGGAAACCCCACUGCAGUGUUCUGAAAACCUACCCUUGGGAUAGAGUUUUAAUUUUCAGCUGACAAUUACACAAAUUGUAAUGCCAAAGGCACAGCAGAAUGGAUUUCCAAGAGGUGAUGAGUUCCUGAGUGGUCCAAUCUCAGUCCUGACUUAAAUUGGAAUCAGAGACAGGUUUAAAUGUACAAUGCAGCCAUUUUUUUUUUUAUCUCAAUACCAAAUCAUUUCUGGGUAACAAUUACCUUAAUGUGAUUGUUUUCAAUUACAAUUGUCAAAAAGAAACAAAAAUAGCUUCUUAGCAUAGAGACAUUUCUAAAGCAAGUAUUUUUCUAGGACUAUUUGGGAAUGUUCUUAGUGGGAUGAGGAAAACUGAAAACUAGCGGUGAAUCCCAAACCACCACCUCGUCCCUACCAACUCGCUCGGAGGGCCCUCUCUUGUCACGUGUUGCUGACGACCCUCAGUGGAUGACUUCCAGAGAGUGACGAGGAGAGCAAUAAACCCAUCAACUUCAGGACACAUUUGUGACUUGAAUUAUGCAAUACAUGUCCCACUUCAUGUUCCCCCUGUCGUUUUACAAAAUAUAAACCUCAGUAACAGUUAAACAUUUAAUUUAGGAUUCAUUUCAUCUGUUAUAUGUAUCAAGUCUCGAAAUCAGACAUAAACAAAUUCACAUGGCAGACAAUUAGUCACACCUCUCCAUUAUUUUGUAUAACAUUGAACAAACUCCAUGUCAGGAUAGCACUUCGCUCUGAAGCCCCAACAGCCUCAAUUAUUUCUACUCCCUCAGUUUGGGAAACUUGUGCAUAUGGUGGAGGCGUGCGUGAACGCGCAAAUGGAGGGCCGAGGAGGGGCGAGGUUAAGGGAGUCAUUUGGGAUUCAGCCUAGCUGUUAUUGGCAGAAAGGUUUGGAACUCUUUCUUAUUUGUCUAUUAAGUAAUUUACCGCUUGGUGAUGUCACCAGGCAGGCUAAAACUCCAACCCAUCAAAACAGGCUGAAAUGUCAGGUCUUUUCAAACAGCUCUAAAAGGGCGUUAAUCAUAAUUUUCACAAUUUCACAGUAUUAUUCCAACCUCAGAGUGUGGAAGUAUAUACAGUAUAAAACACAGGAAAUCUCAUUUUUAACUGCACUGGGCCUUUAAAUAUUGCUGUCCAUCACUGAGUUUGUGCAGUUUUGACAAAAAAACUAUGUAACAGUAAAUGUUGCCUAAGAGUUGUGCAAAGUUGGUAGGAUUUAUUCAAAAUGAUUCACAGCUGUAAUGGGGCGGCAGGUAGCCUAGUGAUUAGAGCAUUGGGCUAGUAACCGAAAGGUUGCUAGCUCGAACACCCAAGCUGACAAGGUAAAAAUCUGUCAUUCUGCCCCAAGGCAGUUAACCCACUGUUCCUAGGCCAUCGUUGUAAAUAAGAAUUUGUUCUUAACUGACUUGCCUAGUUAAAUGAAAAAAAAAAUGGCUGCCAAAGGUGCUUCCACCAAAUAUCAAUGGGGUGUGAAGACAAAUGUUUUUUAUUAAUUUGGAAAAUAUUCUAUCAUUUUUGUUUUUCACUUUGUAAAUUUAGAGUAGGUUGUCUAGAUCGGUAGGAAAAAAAUCUAUAAUAUAAUCAAUGUUUUGAUUUCAUUUUAAGGAAGCAGAAUGUGUAGUCUUUCACUAAGCAUCUUUAUUUAAUUAAUACUAUUAGAGAGGAAUAAUCGAUGUAAAAUAAAAUCUUAAUUGAAAUGAUAAUAUCACUGUUCCUGUUUGCUGUUUACUGUUGAAUAUGAAAGAUGUAUCGCUUGUUGCUUUUAUGCAGCUCUGUCUUUGGUUAAUGCACAAUUGUGGCUCAUGUCUGUGUAAUAAUUUUCAUUGACAAAAUAAAUCAAGACUUUUUGUGGCUUA